AUGCAGCAGCCAACCCCGGAGGGCACCUCGGCGUUCGUGGAAAACCGCGUUGAGCCCGCUCUCACCAGUGCUGGCCAGCUGCGCAACGCGCGAAGAUUCACCCAGAAUGUCCACGACCAGGGAGGACUGCUGGUACAGGAAAUGCAAGACCGCGGACACAUGGAUACGGCCAAAAUGCAGAAACGUGCCGCCAACCUCGCCUACCUCCGCCAGCAAUGGCCAGAGAGAAAUUGGGUGCCCCAACGAUACCAGGUCGAAGGAUUCGACUCCAACACCACCAUAGAUUGCAUGGUCAAGAUGACCAAGUUUUGGUUGGGUUUGGAGGACGACAUGAAGAACCAGCUCUCCCUGUGGCCUGUAGAUGAUCCGAUCGCCCUCCCCUGCCUUUGGGCCCCUCCAUCUGGCAGGCUCUACGUGGAGGUAGAGAAGGUUGGCGCCAUCACGGCACGAGCUGUUCGCCUGGCGUUGGCCGACCUUAAAGCAGAUGUUGCGCGGUUGAGAGCUCUAGAGCAUCACGAGGAGCAGCCGCAAGACCAGCAGCAUCAUGAUGGUCAAGAACCCCUCUUCAACGAGCGACCCGAAGACGAGCCGCCCGCCCAAGAGGAUGAAGACCCUUUCCCGCUGGACUUGGGAGGAGACGACAAUCAGAUGCCUGGUAGGCCUGAUCCUGACGACCUGAUGCCCGACCAGGGACGCGGCGCUGUUCGCGGCAUGAACAUGCACCACUGGCGCUUUAGCGGCAGCGUGGGACGCAACCCCCAAGACGAGCGUGCUGGUGGGUCUGUUGGCGGUGGAGAAGCCGAUCCCUUCAUGGGAUUUGAUGAUCCCGCACACCACGGGGAGCAGGACGUCUUCGGCGGCUUCAACUUCAACCAGCAGCAACCUGGUCGAGACCAGCGCGAGCAUAAUCAGCAGCAGCAGCACCAUCGCCAUCACCAUGAUCAGCACGAAGGUCAAGGCGAGCAGCACGGCCAAGACGACCAAGAGCGGGGCAUGCAGUAUGACCAUGAUGAGGAGAAUGUUCACCAUCAACAUGAUGAGGACAACGUCGACGGCCAAGACCGGGAGAACGAUGAGGACCAGCACCAGCCGCAGGAUCAUGAAGGUCCGGGUCAAGCCCAGCAGCACCAAGCCCAGCAUCACGCCCAGCAGCAUGCCCAGCAGCAACAGCAGCAACAGCAGCAACAGCAGCAACAGCAGCAACAGCAGCAACAGCAGCAACAGCAGCAACAACAAGCCCCAGUUCGCCGACCCCGUCAAGACCAUCCGACCCCCGAGCAAGCUAUCAAGGCUGCCGGUCGUGCUGCCUCCGGUGGUGUAUCGCGACAGCUCAAUAGAGCCAGGGCGUUCUUCUCUCCCGCUCAAAGAGCGACUGCUGCCCGGCUUGCCAACCAAGCUGCGUCCAACUAUCUCCGUGGGGUCCUUCGAGACCAGCGAGCUGCUGCUGCUGCUGCGGGAGACGAUGAUGAUGAUGAUGAAGAGGAUGAUGACGAGAACGACGAUGACUAUGUAGAUUGA